GUUUAACUUAAGAGUUCCAAUAGGUGAAUUUCAUAGGGAUGUAAGUUGAUAAGAAAAAUGCUUGAUUUGUCUACAACAAUAAUUGGGUUUGUUACAAAAGAUUCAAACCAUCUAUUGUCUGAAUUACAAAGUUUCUAAUAUUUUAGCCUCAUAUCCAUUGUAAGAUGGCAAGCAAAUACAGUCGCAUCGCAAUACAGAAUAGUCUGCCUUUUUACCUUUAUAAAAUUAUAAUUUAGUGCCCUGAUUUUUCACUUGAAUUAUCAGCCGCUCUAAAAAUGUUUGAUUUUUUGGAAAAUUCUAUUAAUGAUAAACAUUUCAGAAACUUAGAGAAGUCUAUAUUGAAAUUAUCAACAAUCAAAAUUAAAUCCUCC